AUGGAUCUGCAUACGUAUUCAGAAAAACCAGCAGCGUUUACCGCCAGUAGAGUUCUGAAAAUUUCUGCUAUUGCGCUGAGGAUCCUCACCAACAUUUUCCUGCUUCUGUCUCUCAUCAUCCUCAUAACCAAAGUUAAUGCAAACGGGCCGUUCAAGGAUGACACAGUUCACUUUUAUGAACUUGUUGGAUACCGAUACAUGACUGCCACAAUUAUUCUUGGAGGUGCAUAUUCAAUCUGGCAAACCAUGACAGCAGUUAUCCGCCACAAGAAAGGAUAUGAAGGAAACCUUGUACUUGACUACUAUGGUGAUAAGGUUAUGUCGAUAGCAUUAGCCACAGGAUCGGUUGCAGGAUUCGUUAUGACUGGAGAAUUACAAAGAGAAGCCUACAAAGUUAGCAAAGAUACUGGUGAUUACUACCACAAGUUUUUCAAAAUGGGAUAUGCAGCAGACGGGCCCUGGUUAAGGUUUCAUAAGAUGCGAUUUUAA